AGCAGCUAGAUGGAGGCGGCCAAGUAGAAGAGCCAAGAAACUGAUGGCGGGAGCCGAGAGCGCGCGGCCGGCGCCUCCGGUGCUGCCGUGGACGGUGCGGCUCCAGGUGCUCGCGCUCGGGGCCUUCUGCGACCUCUCGCAGCGCCGCGACGGCACCGUGAACCGCUUCCUCUUCUCCCUCGCCGACCGCCUGACCCCGGCGAGGCCGCGCCCGAACGCGCUCGGCGUCCGCUCUGCCGACGUCGUCGUCGACGCCCACAGAAACCUCUGGGCGCGCGUCUUCUCCACGUCCGCGGGUAAACCCGAGGCGGCGCCGCUCCCGGUCGUCGUGUACUGUCACGGUGGCGGCUUCGCGCUGCUCUCCGCUGCGUCCGCGCCCCUGGACGCGAUGUGCCGCCGCUUCUGCCGCGAGCUGGGCGCCGUGGGCGUCUCCGUCAACUACCGCCUGGCGCCCGAGCACCGGUACUCCGCUGCCUACGAUGACUGCGCGGACGUGCUCAGCUACCUUGGCACCGCUGGCCUCCCUGCCGACAUCGGAACAUUUUCUCCUUUUCUCCUUUUCUCCUUUUAUUCUCUUUUCUCCUUUUAUUCUCUUUAG